AUGGCGGCCCUCACAGACCUCUCUUUUAUGUACCGCUGGUUCAAAAAUUGCAAUCUGGUUCGAAACCUCUCAGAGAAGUACGUCUUCAUCACGGGCUGCGACUCUGGCUUUGGGAACCUGCUGGCCAGACAACUGGUUGACCGGGGCAUGAAAGUGCUCGCUGCUUGCCUCACGGAGGAGGGGGCCCAGAAACUCCAGCAGGACACCUCCUACCAGCUGCAGACCAUCCUCCUAGAUGUCACCAAGACUGAGAGCAUCAAGGCCGCAGCCCAGUGGGUGAGGGACCAAGUGGGCGAGCAAGGCCUCUGGGCCCUAGUGAACAAUGCUGGUGUGGGCCUGCCUAGUGGCCCCAAUGAAUGGCUGACCAAAGAAGACUUCGUGAAAGUGAUCAACGUGAACCUGGUGGGACUGAUUGAAGUCACCCUGAACAUGCUGCCUAUGGUCAAGAAAGCCCGGGGCAGGGUGGUCAACAUGUCCAGUUCCGGUGGGCGCGUGGCCGUCAUCGGUGGUGGCUACUGUGUCUCCAAGUUUGGUGUUGAAGCCUUCUCUGAUAGCAUCAGGCGAGAGCUUCAUUUCUUUGGGGUGAAGGUCAGCAUUAUAGAGCCGGGGAACUACCGGACAUCCAUCCUGGGCCAGGAAACUCUGCAAUCACGCAUGAAGAAGCUGUGGGAUCGGCUGCCGCAGGAGACCCGGGAUAGCUACGGAGAGGAGUAUUUCCGUGUCUAUACUGAAAAGUUGGCUAACUAUAUGCAGCUGGCACAUCCAAAACUCAGCGAUGUCACCAACAGCAUGGAGCAUGCUGUUGUCUCCAGGAGUCCCCGAAUCCGCUACAACCCUGGCCUGGAUGUCAAGCUUCUCUAUCUCCCCCUGGCGAAGCUGCCCACGUCUGUGACAGAUUUCAUCUUGAGCCGAUACUUGCCGAGGCCAGCAGACAGUGUUUGA